AUGCCGGACCCGGGCCAAAACACGGUGGAAGUGGAGGCGCGGCUGCGCUUCGACGAGGCGUCGCUGGCGCGGUUUCUGCGGCAGGAGGGCCUGGGGUUCGAUGAGCUGCUGGUGCGGAAGUUCGGGUAUGGCCAGUCGAAUCCCACCUACUUCCUGGAGGCAGCGGGGCAGAGGUAUGUGCUUCGCAAGCAGCCGCCAGGCAAGGUCAUCCGCGGGGCGCACGCAGUGGACCGGGAGUUCCGCGUGAUGAAAGCCUUGGGCGAGGCGGGGUACGAGGUUCCACAGGUCCACGUGCUCUGCGAAGAUCCGCAGGUGAUCGGCACCCCCUUCUACAUCAUGUCCUUCGUGCAGGGGCAGAUUGCAGACAACGGGCUCCUGAAGCUCCCCCAGGAGCAACGCCGACCUGUGAUGAGCUCCAUCGUGCAGAGCCUCGCGAAGCUUCACAGCUACGACCCGGAGAAGCUGGGCUUGGUGGGAGGGCCGAAGCCCUUUGGCAAGAUUGGGGGCUUCUACAAGCGCCAGGUGAGUACUCUUUCGCGCACCAGCGAGGCGCAGGUGGCGCAAUCCCAGGGACAGGUGCCGCCCAUGCGGCGCUUGCCAGAGCUCCUGAGACUCUUCGAGCAGAACAUGCCGCCGGACAGGUCCUGUGUGAUCCAUGGUGACUGGAAGCCUGACAACCUCAUCCUCUCACUCACGAAUCCUCCAAAUGUGCUCGCAGUGGUAGACUGGGAGUUGAGCACCGUGGGCCACCCGAUGAGCGACCUGGCGAACCUGUGCCUUCCUUACCACCUGGGGGACUUUGGCAAAGUCGUGGAUUACCAUCCAUUGGGCGGUGACAGCACCGACAUCUCAGAGGAAGAGGCCGGGGAUCCAGCACACCAAAGGCUAAACCUGGCGAAGGCUCUAUGA